GUACUGCAGCUUACACGAUUGCUGAACAAGCUGUAUCGGAGUAACGUGAACACGCUGUAUCGUGAAUACCUGGAAGCGCAAGUAUUUUUUAAAUAAACAGCGUCAGGAGCGUUGGUAUAGUUGUUGUUGGCGAAAGUUUUCUGACAAUCAAGAAGAAGAAGAAGAUUCAAAGCAUUUUUCAACAGUAAACCGAUGAAAUAUUAGUUGGGUGCGAAUUAGCAAUACUCACAUCGAUGAAGCAGCAUAAUUGUGGAUGAAUAUUACGGGACAGUCAUUAAUUGUCGCGGUGUUUAGUUGAAUAGACGAUUACAAAGUGUCUUUGUAUUGCCGCGACAGGUGGCCGAUGCCGGUGUCUGCUCGCAUGUGAUCGGCAUUCCUCGGUACUGGCGAAUUCGCACGCGCGAGGUCACACACGCUCGUGCCAUAUGAACUCGAGAGUGUUGUGUAUCAGUGAAAAAGAAGUGGAGUCGAGGAAGAGAGGAGGAGCGGCGUAUUGUCGCUAGCUCACUCGCUCUCUUUCUCUGUUGUCAGCUGCGUUAUCGAAGAAAAAAAGUAUAUACAGCAAAACAUCCUGGAAUUACGUGCUUCCGGAUCCCUCUUCAUUCCCUCACUCUCCUCCUCUUCCUCUUUCCAUACCAUCUCUUCCAUUCUUCCAUCUCACUUGUCUUCUGCCACGAAAAACGUCUACGCGCUGUGAUAAAUCGCUCAGUAUCGCGUAACGCGCAUUCAUCCAACGGCUCAACCGGUGCCUGACUUUUUUUCUUCCUGCUUUCUUCAUAAUCAUGAGACUCUGAGAUCUUAAAAGACAAGUAUCUCUCAAUCUUCAGAGAAUCUUGAGAUAAUUUCGAUUGAUAGAGAAAGGAAUUGUUGACGAAGGAAAUAAUAAUAAGACAAAAAUAAAAAAGAAGACGGCGAAAAAAGCGAGGAGAAGACAUCGAUCGUCGCACCCGAGCGAGGCAAUCGGAUGCGAUCGAAAGCGAGUUGGAAUUGCGGGAAGCAGCUGCGGGUGCAGCGCCUCAAGUUCCUACCGCGACCACUUCUGCGACUUUGCAGUCUUUGGAUGAUGUUUUCGAGUCCGGUGAUAUGUUGGUCGAGUGUUUGACACAGGAUUUUCGUGUAUGCAUACACGCACAAUCAUACUAACUCUUUACUAAGUACAGACCACAUUUCCAACCAUUCGAACAUGCCUGCAAAAAUAUUGGUCAAAUCCAGACUGUGCAACUAGCACGUAAUCGUUGGUUCGCGGAACUCAGCCAAGCUGGCUGCCUCGGCUGGUAACCCCGCCUCCGCGCAUCCUCCUGUACUCUGGAGCUCGCGCAGAAAGCCAGGACUAUAUUUACGGAGCAUUGGAGAGCCGAGGAUGACGGCAGAAACUGCAGCACCGUGUGUUCAGGGUGUACAAAGUAUACCGAGUGGCGUAAUGGUGGGCGAGAGUAAUACACUAGACGAUCAACUUCAGCAACAGCAUCAGAAAUCUCAUGGAAAUUCUACCAAUGGAUCAUCAAGUAGGUCAUCAGAAUCAUCCUCAGGUGUCUCCAGUUCUUCAUCAACCACUGAAUACAAUCCGGAGUACGCAAACAUGGAGGCCUGGCUUGAUGAACAUCCGGAUUUCGUUUAUGAUUAUUUUCUAAGAAAAGUGACGAGGCAGACUGUAGACGCGUGGCUAGUAAUGCACGCAACACCAACUUCAUCUUCAACAAGUUGUAUGAUGGACAUGAGCCAGAACCACAAUUCAGGAAAUUCAAAUACUUGCAACAGUGGCUCCGUGACAUCACCAGGCGGUGGAUCUGGUGCUACAACGCCUGUUCGUAAAAUAUCAGCUCAUGAAUUUGAGCGAGGUGGAUUACUUAAGCCAAUAGUUAAUACCAUUGAUGGAACACCAACUUUUCUGAGUAUCUCUCCUGAGGAUUCAGGCCAACCAGGUGGUGGACAACAGGUCGGUUCGAGCAAUUCAUCCAGACCACAAAGAAGAUCACGAAAUGAGCUCAGGCAGCUUGAUGAAAGAGAUCUUAUCUUUGAAUUGGUCAAGGACAUCUGCAAUGAACUCGAUGUACGAUCCUUGUGUCAUAAAAUACUACAAAACGUUAGCAUGCUGUUGCAUGCUGAUCGUGGAUCGCUGUUUCUGGUCCAGGGCGAACGAGUGUGUUCUGGAAACAAGGCUCGACGGACUGGCAACACGGAAUGCAAUAGACGAACAACUGAAUCAACACAGAAUGACCAUUCAUAUAAUCCACCGUACUCAAGAAGCAGGUGUCUUGUGUCAAAGCUUUUUGAUGUUUGCUCUAGAUCAACACUUGUAGAAAUGGAGAAAAAAGAUGAAAUUAAAAUCCCGUGGGGUACAGGAAUCGUUGGAUAUGUAGCAGAAAGUGGAGAACCAGUUAAUAUUCCUGAUGCAUACAAGGAUACAAGAUUUAAUCGUGAAAUUGAUGCACUCACUGGCUACAGAACGAGAGCUCUUUUAUGUAUGCCGAUAAAAGAUUGUAGCGGUGACGUAAUAGGCGUCGCUCAAGUUAUCAAUAAGCUUGGUGGUGAAGCACAAUUUACUGCCCAAGAUGAAAAAAUAUUUGCUAGUUAUCUACAAUUUUGUGGAAUUGGUUUAAGGAAUGCACAGCUAUAUGAAAAAAGUCAAUUGGAGGUCAAGAGAAACCAGGUGCUCUUAGACUUAGCUAGAAUGAUCUUUGAAGAGCAAAGCACAAUUGAACAUAUGGUAUUUAGAAUUUUAACACACACACAGUCACUUAUCCAGUGCCAACGAGUCCAGGUACUUUUAGUACACAAAGCAUCGAAAGGCAGCUUCUCACGCGUGUUCGACUUCGAGGCCAAUGAUCUCGCUGGCGAGGAUACGGAUUCUCGAAUUAGCCCAUUCGAGAGCAGAUUCCCCAUAAACGUAGGCAUCACUGGCUAUGUCGCGACGACGGGCGAGACGGUCAACAUCCCAAAUGCAUACGAAGAUCCACGAUUCGAUCCAUCCGUCGACGAUGGCACUGGAUUCCGUCACAAGACCAUUCUUUGCAUGCCGAUCAAGAAUUCUUCAGGUCAGAUAAUUGGUGUCAUUCAACUGGUUAAUAAAUUUGAUGAUCUGGUCUUCACGAAAAAUGAUGAGAAUUUUGUGGAGGCUUUUGCUAUUUUCUGCGGAAUGGGAAUUCAUAAUACGCACAUGUAUGAGAGAGCAGUUAUUGCGAUGGCUAAACAAAGCGUCACGCUCGAAGUAUUGAGUUACCAUGCGUCUGCUUCUCUUGAAGAUGCUCAAAAAUUAAGGAGCUUAAGGGUACCAUCUGCAGCACACUUUCACCUCCACGAUUUCAAGUUCGAUGACAUACGAAUGGAGGACGACGAGACUCUCACGGCUUGCCUUCGAAUGUUUCUCGACCUAGACUUUGUUGAGCGAUUCCACAUUGACUAUGAUGUAUUGUGUCGGUGGUUACUUAGUGUCAAGAAAAAUUAUCGUAAUGUAACUUAUCAUAAUUGGCGACAUGCAUUCAAUGUAGCUCAGAUGAUGUUUGCCAUAUUGACGGCUACUCAAUGGUGGAAAAUAUUCGGAGAAAUCGAGUGCCUGGCACUCAUCAUCGCUUGUCUGUGCCAUGACCUUGACCACAGAGGCACAAAUAAUUCAUUUCAGAUUAAAGCUUCUUCACCUCUUGCACAACUUUAUUCUACCUCGACAAUGGAGCAUCAUCACUUUGAUCAAUGUUUAAUGAUACUGAGCAGUCAGGGGAAUCAAAUUCUCUCAAAUCUUUCACCCGAAGAGUAUUCACGAGUUGUUAAAGUACUAGAGGACGCUAUUCUAUCUACUGAUUUAGCAGUUUACUUUAGAAAACGAGGUGCUUUCCUUGCAAUUGCUCGUAAUCGUACAUAUAACUGGGCUUUUAGCGAACACCGUGAACUUCUACGUGGGAUGUUGAUGACCGUCUGUGACCUGGCAGCAAUUACAAAGCCUUGGGAAAUAGAGAAACGUGUCGCGGAACUAGUCAGCAGUGAAUUCUUCGAACAGGGUGAUAUUGAAAGACGAACACUUAACAUAACUCCGAUAGAUAUCAUGAAUCGCGAGAAAGAGGAUCAGUUACCAGUGAUGCAAGUUGGUUUUAUCGAUUCCAUAUGUCUUCCUAUUUACGAGGCAUUUGCAAUGCUUUCGGACAAGUUGGAGCCACUAGUAAAAGGUGUGAGAGAAAACAAACAACGAUGGUUGGAGAUUGCUCAAAGCACGUGCACUUUAGGGAAUUGUACAAACCACGAUAGGACGUUAACGUCAACAGGAAAAGCGGAUAAAGAGGAUGAAUCUGAACGAUGUGUCGAUGAUUAAAUUAUGAUCGCUUACUACCAUUGAGUAUUCCCCAAAAAUCCUUCGAGCCUUUGAAAAACAAACAAACAAGAUAACACAUCGAUUUAUCAGAAUGCUACCGCUGUACCUGAUUGCAUUUACACGGUUGUUUGACUUUUAUAUAAAAGUGGCAUUGGAGACGGCAAUGGCGUGAAAAUUCACAGGAUAGGCGGGGAAACGCAAUUAUAUUCGUUAAAUUUAUCCGCUUGUUUUAUCUAUUUGGAAUGUAUUUAUUAUAUUGACAGUAUCAUAGAGAGAAACGUAUCAGCCGCACGUGCCAAAGACGAAUUUAUUGAAAGCGUCUCCGGCGCAUUUGUUUUAACUUGAUUUUUAUUUUAUACCAAAGUAUAAUAUAUAUGAAUAUAUAUUAUAUAUAUACAUACACAUUUUAUUCAUUUUUUUCACGUACCAAAUCAUAAGUCAAUGGAGAAAAAAGUACACAAUAUUCACUUGAUAGUCACACACUAAUAAAAAAAACUAUUAAAGUAAAUAAGAAUUAUAUCAUAUAUAUAUAUAAUGCAAGGAUUAUUGUAAUAUUGGAUCGAUCUAUAGUUAUUGUUAAAUGUAAUAUUAACUUAUUUAAACUGAUUUUGUUGAUAAAAGAAAUGAUUACUUUAGUAAUAAUUAAUAUUGUAUUUCGUUGGAUUAGUUUAGUAGUAGAUUGUAAUAACAUGAAAGUUUUGAUGAGAAAUAAUUUGAGUCUACAGAAGAUUUUAUUUAUGGACUGAUCCAAUAUAUUACAAAUACGUGGAAUAAUAUGUGAUGAUAAAUGCAAAAGGGAGUUUAUCUAAUGCGUGAAUUAAGUAAAUAUUUUUUAACUAAUGUACACAAUUCCUAUAUGAAAUAGAUUAAUUGAUCAUUAA